CGUGGAACGGUCACACUUGUCUUAGAAGCGUCGCAAUUGAACCAAGCGUUUUCGCGGCAUUGUGAAUAAAAUUGAAGUGAACAUACAACAUACAUAAGUGAUACAAAAAAGGAUCAAAAUGGCUAAAGAAGAAUGUGGAGAGGAUCCUCUAUAUAAACUUUUAAAAAAGAUGGAAAUUGAGGAAGUGCAUACAUUUCUAACAGCUGCAAAAGUAAACAUCGACCAGCUAAAAUACAUGAACGCUGAUGACAUUAAGGAGGCAGUGCCUCCAUUAGGUCUGCGCAUAGAGUUUAGACAAAAACUCUUCAGAUGGAAGGAGUCUGAGGGUGGAGAUGAAUACCAAAUUUCGCCACUGCCCUCCAUUGUCAAACCAGACGUUAAGGCUCCCCUAAAGUUCAUUUUGAAUAAAAGCUUGCACUCCUUACUUAAUGAGUCUCGAAAGGGCAUGAAGAUUUUGGAACAUGAAGAAACUCAUCAUUAUCUUCCCCAAAUGCAUCGGGACGAACUUAUUUCUAUUAUAAUAGAAGAGACCAUGCUCGAAAAUAUUACGAUUAGCGUUCCAGAUUUCCAAACCUUGCUAGAAGCCAGAUAAACGUUAAGGAUUACUGUUUUAUACCUCGAAUGGGUAGAGGCAAUCCUGCAGGAAAACUGUAUUCAAAAUAUAGGAACCGCCGCAGCCGCAUAAUGAAAAAGAAGAAGAGGUCUGUAGAACUUGUGAUCUUCGAAGAGGAUGAUGCAGACAUCUGCAAGGCAUACAAGCUGACGCUUAGCCGUACAUGUGACGAUUGGGAGAGUGUACGCGAUAUGUGGAAGAAGACAUACAAAAUACGACAGGAAGACGUCACGGCUCUGAAUAACUCUGAU